AUGAAUCAGGCAAUAGAUUUCGUCCAAGCUAGCGUUGACUCUUACAAGAAGCACGGCAUUUUGGAAGAUGUCAUCCAUGACACAAGCUUCCAGCCUUCCGGAAUACUUGCCGUGGAGUACUCAUCAAGUGCACCCGUUGCUAUGGGCAACACUCUGUCUACUGAUAAGGCGCGUUCAAAGCCUCAAUUCCAAUUCACUUUCAAUAAGCAAAUGCGGAAGAACAUAUCACAAGCGAACGCGUACGUCCCUCAAGACGACGAUUUGUUCACACUAGUAAUGACGGAUCCGGACGCUCCUUCUAAGACAGACCACAAAUGGUCUGAAUUCUGCCACAUGGUGGAAUGCGACUUGAAGUUGUUGAGUGAAUCCACUCACGAGACCUCCGGGGCAACAGAAUUUUUUGCGUCGGAGUUCAGCACCAAUGGCUCCAACACUCUCGUAGAGUAUAUGGGACCUGCCCCACCGAAGGGCACAGGCCCACACAGGUAUGUUUUCCUCUUGUUCAAGCAACCGAAGGGCGUGGACUCGUCCAAGUUCUCGAGGAUCAAAGACAGACCCAAUUGGGGAUACGGCUCCCCUGCCACUGGCGUUUAUAAAUGGGCCAGUGAAAACAACCUGCAGCCCGUUGCUUCCAAUUUCUUCUAUGCUGAAACUAAGUAG